UGGGAACAAAUAGCGUUAAGAGCAGUCAUCUGAAGAUGUCUGACAAUGCAGAGUCCCCGACAGAAACACCAAAAGAGGAAUCCCAGCCACCGUCAGACGACUCGUCAACAAAUGAAGAGAAGAAGAAAAGUACGACGGUGAAACAUAUCGUAUAUUUCAAUGGGUUGUUGAAUAUUUUCAGCGUGUUUAGGAGGAAUGUUGUCAGUCUGGUAGGGUAACAGUUCCGGCUUGUGGGCGAUUGACAUAAAUUCUGGCCAAUGGAAAGUCUGUUUUCAUCUCUUUUGGCCAAUGAACGUUUAGCUUUGAAAUGGGGUACCUCUUGGUUGGAGAGAAGCUAAAGCAAAGCUAAUGUUUAUGUGGGAAACAUUCUUGUUUUUCCGAGAUUACGUUUAUAUUUUCUUCACGGAACUGUUUUUAUUCUAUUCAUACUAGAUGUACUUUAGACUGUCAGUAGCAGCUACACGUUGAGUGCAUGUAAACAAAGGAAAAAGCUAAGCAUUAGCUUGAAACUGUGAAGUGUCAUCUCAUAUGGUGUUUCAAAAUUGGGAGUUUUAGAAAAGUUUGCCGACUGUUAACUUGACAUUCACAGCACACAGCCCACAGUAUUAAGCCAGUCUUACUGUACCAUUUUAUAUGCAUACCGUACAACAAACAAUUUGUAAGCUUUCAGUUGUGUAGUAUAUGUAGGGAAAUAUAUCACUGUGGAGGAAAUGAGGGCCAUGAUGAAAACUAGCUCCAGUCUGGCCUUUCUUACUUUAUCCUGACAUAAUCCUGUGGUACAUACUCCAAUACUGUAGUUGCUGCACAAAAUAAUGAUAAUAAUAAUAAUAAUAAUAAUAAUAAUAAUAAUGAUGAUGAUGAUUAUGAUAAUAGUGAUGAUAAUGAUGAAAUCUUAAUGGCAGUUUCAGCACUUUCUGUUCUCUCUCUUUCUGUAGUUGAUGUGUUGCUGAAGGCUGUUGGAGACACUCCUAUAAUGAAAACUAAGAAGUGGGCAGUAGACAGGGGGAGGACUGUACAGUCUCUGUCCCAAUUCAUCUCUCGCUUCCUCAAACUUGAUGCAAAUGAACAACUGGUAAGGAUGAGAUUUGUUAACUAGCUUGUCGUACUUAAAGGGAUAUUCCAGCAGAAAAUAAAUUUAGGGUCAAACACACCGUAACACCGAAUUAGACACCCCCUCGAGAGAUGAAUGUUGCCGACCGCUUGCUUCUCUAGUUAUACCAACUUUAGUAAUGACUGCAGGAUAGCAAUACAGACAGCCACACGCUCAACCAAAACGCCACUCCUAGCCACAAAUAAUGCUCAGAACAGCACCUAACUUCAUCAACAGUACAUACAGGGUCCCAGCCAUAGCACUAGCCAGCAAACAUCUUUAAUAAUCAUCAUAUUGAUCAUUUUGCACUGCAGACGCGGUAGUUCUUCUGCCUUAGCAUCUCAGGCUGAUUGUAUUUCCAUGAAGAAAUGAUCAUAAAUGUUCUUCCUUGAGCUGCGUCACCCCGCAGCGGUCGAUGGAUUCACCCAGAGAUCUCUGUACAAACAAGUGGCUGCUGGAAGAGAGAGAGUGAGUUGUGUAAGGUCGCUUUUUUAAAGAAAUUAGGCAAAGUAAAAAAGAUGUUUGGUGGCUAGUGCUAUGGCUGGGACCCUAUAUGUUCUGUUGAUGAAGUUAGGUGCUGUUCUGAGCAUUAUUUGUGGCUAUAGAGUGGCUUUUUGGUUUAGCGUGUGGCUGUCUGUAUUGCUUUCUGCAUUUGUUACUAAAGCGGUCGGCAACAUUCAUCUCUCGAGGGGGUGUCUAACUCGGUGUUACGGUGUGUUUGACCCUAAAUUAAUUUUACGCUGGGAUAUCCCUUUAAGGAACUUCAUUUAUUUGUUUAUUCCUUUUUAUUUUUUCAAAUUUAACUGCAUUUCUCUGCUUUUUUGUUUUUCAGUUUAUUUAUGUAAACCAGUCUUUUGCCCCUUCACCUGAUCAGGAUGUAGGAGUCCUCUUUGAUGUAAGUAGACAUUCAAUGCCGUAUCUGCAGUGGGCUGUUAUCACACAGCGAUUUUAAACAGAACAGUAGAUUAACAUUCUAAUGUGUUGUAUUUGGUGGCUUAACAAAACAUGACAAUGAAAGUUGACUUGAGUUAACUUCUCUGAGUAUUCACCAUCAUCCUUUGAUAAAAAAUAUUCAAUUCACUGCAAUAAUGAGACUUAGUUGAAGUAGAAAAAAAGGAAUAUCUUCUACAAAAAUGUCAAACAUGCGUCCAGAUACAACUGCUGCACAUAAACGCACAAGGAAGAAGUUUAUUCAUGUCACCGCUAACAACAAGAAGGGGUUAAGAAGGGUUACGGGGAAGGAAGAAAAAAAAGGGGCUCUGAACUUGAACACACAUAGAUACUGAAGCUUGGAGGUCUUUUUAGUAAAACAUUAACUCUGUAACCAGAUACACACCGCUCUCAAACUACUCUGUAUGUUGGUUUAGUUUAAUCUUUUCAUGAAAUACCCUGUUUAUUUUCUAAAUCCAUACUGCCCAGUGCAUUUGUGCAAUUUUCACUCUCAAAGACUUAAAUGCAUAAUUUCAUUGAGCGUAUAGAUGCUUAUGAUUCCUUUCCUGGGCCAAGUUGAAUAGUUUUCAUGUGUCCACAUACCUACAGACUUUGUAACUUGUCAAUGCAAAGAACAUUUUUGUCCAGCCUUGCACAACAUGUAAACAAAUAUUCUUUUAAUCUAAAGAGUAUUCCACAAAGUUUGACCAAGAAGAAUACAAUAAAACUGGACUAACUAUACAGAAAAAAGCAAGGCCAGGAUGAAAUAAAAAAACCCAAAAGUUUGUCUUUGAGCGAAAUUAGUCGCUCAAAGUCACCGCUCAUUUGUUGCCUCUGAAGUCAGUAGUCAGGCUUUGAACUCCAGAUUGGGAUUUGGCCAUAGAAACAAAUUUGUCAUGUGAAGCGUUGACCAGCAGAGGGCGCAAUAACAGAGAGGCUGCACUUUGCAGUUUUUGGUCACUGAUUAAAGUCUUAAUAAGAAGCUGCAAAGACCUCAAAGUCCAGAGUCUCCUUUUGAUUAUGUCCCUUCAUACGGUUUUUCAUCUAGUGAAUAAAACGCAAUAAUUAAACUUGGAUGAAAUGUUUCCUUUCUGUGUCUCUUUUUCAGUGUUUUGGCAGUGAUGGCAAAUUGGUUCUACAUUACUGUAAAUCUCAAGCCUGGGGUUGAACUGCUUUCUUCUAAUACACAAUUUUUGACCACUCCUUCUCCCUUAAAAUUCUUCUCUGAACAUACACUUAAUGUUUGUUUGUUUUUGCCAUUUUCUGAUUGUCUGUACAUACGUUUUGUAAAUAAAUUUUUGUGACUCUGUGAA